AGAUGAUGGUAGCUCCCCAACCGCAAAAUUCAUAUCAUCGAGAACGUAAUGGUUCCAGUUAUAAAAAUGCAAUUCCUAGCCAACAAAGACGACAAAGUGUGGGUGCAUUGGUACCUGCAUAUCAUAUCUCAUCAUUUGCUGAUAAUUGGCAAUCUCGAGAUCGUGAUAGUCCACCAAAUGAUCAGCAAAUAGUUGGCAAGUAUUUCAGGCAGAAUAGAAUUACCCAAAAUUAA